AUGAAAGUCGAAGAGCUCAUCAUCGACGGCUUCAAGUCGUACGCCUCUCGUACGGUCAUUGGCGGAUGGGAUCAACAGUUCAAUGCAAUCACAGGGCUUAAUGGAUCUGGGAAAUCGAAUAUUCUCGAUGCCAUAUGUUUCGUACUAGGCAUCGCCUCCAUGUCCACAGUGCGUGCUGCCAACUUGCAAGACUUGAUCUAUAAACGUGGACAGGCCGGUGUUACCAAGGCCAGUGUCACCAUUGUUUUCGACAAUUCUCAGAAGGACAAGUCGCCAAUUGGCUUUGAAAACCUGCCCAAGAUCAGUGUGACUCGUCAGAUCAUCUUAGGAGGAACCUCCAAAUAUUUGGUCAACGGCCACAAGGCACAGCAGCAGACAGUGCUUAAUUUGUUUCAGUCCGUGCAACUCAACAUCAACAACCCCAACUUCUUGAUCAUGCAAGGUAAGAUCACCAAGGUCUUGAAUAUGAAGCCAGCAGAGAUCUUGGCGCUCAUCGAGGAGGCUGCGGGAACGAGGACAUUCGAAGACCGUAAGGAUAAGGCACAGAAGACCAUGGCUAAAAAGGAGGCCAAGUUGGUGGAAAUCCGCAAUUUACUUCACGAGGAAAUCGAACCCAAAUUGGAGCGACUUCGCUCGGAGAAGCGUACAUUUUUGGAAUUCCAGACCGUUCAAACAGACUUGGAGAAGCUCUCGCGUGUUAUUGCAAGCCAUAACUACGUCACAUACUCCCAGAAGUUCGAUCGGUACUCAACAAUUCGCUCAGAACACGAAUCCAUAAUGACCAACUUGAAUGCUCAGACCGAGCGCUUGACCAACGAAAUUGCAAACUUAACUGCGGACCUAGAACAAGUCAAAAAGCAGAAAGAGAGCGAACUUGUCAAGGGAGGUCGCGUGGAGUCUCUCGAGAAGUUAGAAUCGGAGCUUCUGGACGAAAUUACUCGUAGAACAACCUCCAGAGACUUGACAUUAGACAAUCUCAAGGAGGAAACUUCAAAACUCGCCUCUCUCAAGGAGCAGCUCGCACAGUUGGAAGCACUGGUGGCCAACAAUCUGGAAUACUAUUCUCGUGCUGAGAAGGAGCACACUGACAGUAAAGCUCGACUUGCCGAGCUUAAAGAGGCAUAUAACACCAAAGAAGAGCUUCUUUCCACUCUCUCCACCGGUGUUUCCGCACAGGGUGGUACUAGUGGUGGCUACAUGGCACAAUUAAAAAGGGCCAAAGAGGAUCUAAGCAAGAGCCGAACAUUGAUCAAACAGUCUACGUUAAAAGUGAACCAUUUGACAGACAAAAUUCGAGACGAUACUGCUCGCCUCAAUCAGGCAAAGGAGGAAAAUAAGAGCUUAUUGAAGGAUAUGGAGGACUAUAAGAAUGAAAUCGCAAUCAAGGAGUCCAAGUUCCGUGAAUUUGGAUUUGAUCCAAAAACGUACGGAGAUUUAAGGGACCAGGAAAGUAUGAUAAGGAAACAAAUUGAGCAGUAUCACAAUGAACUCAACCACAUAAAGCGCGAAGCAGGCAAUAUCGACUUCAACUACACGAGACCAUAUCCAGACUUCAACGACUCAGCAGUGAAAGGAGUGGUUGUGCAGUUAUUAGGUCUUAAGGACCAACAUUCAGACAAGGCAUUGGCACUUCAGGUUUGUGCUGGUGGCAGGUUGUAUAAUGUUGUGGUCGAUGAUGCCAACACUGCUUCGGCAUUGUUGGAAAAAGGUCAAUUAAAGAGACGUGUGACGAUCAUUCCACUCGAUAAGAUUUCUGCCCGUUCGGUGCCUUCUAGUGUGGUAUCAUAUGCCCAAGAAAAGUGCCCCGGCAGGGUGGAAUUGGCCUUGGAUCUUCUUAAUUUUGAAGAUCAAUUGGUGAAAGCUAUGACUUAUAUUUUCGGUUCGACUUUCAUCUGUGUAGACCCCAACACAGCAAAGGCAAUCACGUUUGACCCAAAAAUCAGAGCACGCUCAAUCACUUUAGACGGAGAUGUAUAUGAUCCUGAAGGAAAUCUUUCCGGAGGCUCGCGGAGAAAUACAAACUCUAUUCUUUUGACCAUGCAAAAAUUCAACUCUAUAUCGUCGAAGGUAAAGCAGCUUGAGCCAAAGCUUCAGUCAAUACACCAUGAGCUUAACCGACUUGAACAAUUGGGCCAACAAACAAAAUCCUUGCAGAAUGAGCUCAAUCUAAGCAGGCACGAGUUAUCCUUAUUGCAACGGAAAUUGGAUAACAAUCCAGCGUCUAUGAUCAUUCGUGAGAACGAGAGAAAUCAGAAAGAAAUAGAAAGUCUCAAUGAGCAGAUUGAGACUGAAACUAGAAAAUGCUCAGAACUUGAAACAAACAUCGACUCUAUUGAGAAGGAUAUAAAGGAAUUCUCUCAAGACAAGGGAUCAAAACUUAAGGAGCUUGAGAAAGAAUUGAAGAGUCUCAAGUUGGUAUUAUCCAAGCAAGAGACUGCCGUAAGAAAGCACGACGAACAGUAUCAGGGUAUUCAGAUUGAAAUGGACCAACAAAAGACUGAAAUUGCCGCUUUAAAUGAAUCGAUUGGUUCGACAGAAAGUGGAUUAUCUGAUUUCCAACAAUCAAUCAAAUCUUCAGAGUUGAAGAUCGGGGAACUACAUGGCGAGUUGUUGAGAGUGAGGGCCGAAUUGGAUGAUGAGAGGGCAAAAAUGAUGGGUUUCAACGAGGAAAUCAAUGAAUUGACCAAUCUUUUGUCGUCAAAGUCGGAAGAGCAAAAUCAAGCCAAGCUCUCAAUCCAGAAGUUAAACCACGACUUGGAGAAAGCGAAUGGAAUUACGAAGUCCUUGAGAACGAAACUUGACGAGUUGAUCAAUGAAAAUGAAUGGCUAACUGAUGAAAAUAUCACAAGCAGUAUUCUCAGUCAGUAUCCUGAUAUAAACAUUGAAGAAUACGAGAGCCAGGCUUCCAUUUUGGGAGAGAGAUUCCAGAAUAUGAAGCGGAAAGUCAAUCCCAACAUCAUGAGCAUGAUUGACAACGUGGAGAAGAAAGAAGCGGCUUUGAAACACAUGAUGCGUACUAUCGAAAAGGAUAAAUCAAAAAUCGAGAAUACAGUUGACAAGUUAAAUGGCUAUAAGAGAGACACCUUGAACACCACUUACCAAAAAGUCUCGGAUGAUUUCGGUAACAUUUUUGCUGACCUCCUUCCCGGCUCGUUCGCAAAGUUGGUUCCUUUGAACCUCAUGGAUGUUACUAAGGGUUUGGAAGUCAAGGUGAAACUUGGGCCCGUGUGGAAGGAGAGUUUGGUGGAAUUGUCAGGAGGUCAGCGUUCGUUAAUUGCGUUGUCGUUGAUUAUGGCUUUGCUCCAGUUCAAACCAGCACCAAUGUACAUUUUGGAUGAAGUUGAUGCCGCUUUGGACUUGUCACACACGCAGAACAUUGGCCACUUGAUAAAGACUCGGUUCAAGGGAUCACAAUUUAUUGUGGUAUCGUUGAAAGAGGGUAUGUUUACGAAUGCCAACAGGGUAUUCCGGACGAGAUUUCAGGACGGAACAUCCAUGGUUUCGGCCAUGUAA